CCUCAGCCGGCCGUCGCCUCUACUGACACCGCAUACCGGCUCGCUGUCAUCAUAACAAGUCACCCUUUUCUAAAUUAACUUUGUUUACAUAUUGUUAUUCCCGACUUCACUCCUUGCAAAUAAACCGCGUCAUUAGACAGUAAAUACAACAACAAAUCGACUCAACGGUUGAAGUGUUUAUGUUAUGUAUACGUUUACUUCUGUAUAUGUACCCUGUGCAUCUUCAUAGACAAAGAAGUUCGUAAUGUUCGACAAAUUUUACUGUUGUUUACACAUAACAACAAUGCUUUGAUGAAAACAUAAUCGUCCGUUAUGAGAAACAAUGAAAAUUCAGGGACGAGUUCAUGACAAACGAAUCGCGAUCGUACUGCUGCGUCAGAGGAACUGGAAUAGAUUCACAUGUAAUACUGAGCGUGAAAUUAAAGGAUAAACAAAUGAAGUCCGAAACGGCUACAAUAAUAAUGAGGCAGCAGUCCGCAUCAGAAGGUGUCAAGCAGCAGACACAGACGGCGUGACCCGGCACCGCGACUCGCCCGCGGCGCAUCGUCCGAACUGGGGCAUAUCAAUAAGCGUGCCCCACUUACCUGGUUUGCCGUGAAGGCGUUGCGGCGGUGCAUUUGGACGGAGGGCGUCGAGGGUGAUGUCGACCAAAUCGUUCACGUCAGGCAGCGUUCGCUCGUGCGCGGGCUCCGUCCGGCUGGGCCCGUCCAGCGGACACGAGGUGGUGCUCGACGCGCUCUACGAGCGAAAACGUGACAAGAAGAGCGUGCGCGUACUUACUGUCAUCAUUUACGUGUUCUGCGUGUCUCUCGCCGCUAUCAUGCUCUCGCUCUACUACGUGUUCUUCUGGGAGCCCAAGGACGCGCAAUACGCGCAACGCAAGGUGUCUCACACUGUAGAGAAGCAAACCAGCACAACACCAAUGCCCACAUGCUUUAUGCCCCACACUGGAGGAAGCAAUUUCACAAUGAAUGAUGUCACAACCGAAUCGACACCGAGUAAUAUGAGUGAAGAAUUCGCAAAUGCAAUGAACAUUGGCCGAAAUGAUUCCGUUUCUGAUCAGGGGCUGCUGUCAAAUUCCCCGUCCACGUUGCAGCCUCCCUACAACGAUAGUGUGUUGGAUAUCGGCAUUUACAACGAUACCGACACAACCACAUGACGUCUGCAUAAGAUUCUAAACUUAAAAAUAUUUAAUUUCCAAUAUAUGAAGAUGAGAUAAUAUCUAAGUAGAAAAAAAUGGCCAAUAUAUUUUCUAAAAUAAUUAAGCAAAAUUUAGAGAGGUAGGUUAUUAAUAUCGGAAAUAAAAACUAAAACACCAAUUUAUAUAAUUAUAUUUUUGCCUAAUUAUCGUAUUAUGUACAAUUAAGGCUUAGCAGUAGGUACCAACUUCAUAGAGUUCGACGCAUUACCUGUCAGAUGAACAGGUAGUAUAAUAGAAAAGAAUGAUAGAAACUAGAACUGAAUGAUAGAAAGCUUAUUAAUAAGCUUUCUAUCAUACAGUCUAAGACACGCCUACAAAAAAAACUAAAUGCCCUUAA